AUGUUUAAAACGCGAUCUGUAACUCGUAAAGAAAAAGAGGGCCUGCAACUACCAGAGGAUCACUCGCAAUCAAGUCAGUCCAGCUUCUGCACAAUGGAAAGUAUGUUAGAUAUGAUGGAAGAAUUGAAAAAGGAGUUGGCAGUUAGUGAAACCUGGCUACAUAAUGGUAUUGACUCGCAUAUUGUUGCAAUUGAAAAUUAUAAUUUUUUACGAAAGGAUCGUGGCAGUCGAGGAGGUGGAGUGGGCAUUUACGUGAAAUCAAACUACAAAGCAACUUUUAUAGAACAAGAUGUUUCUAAAACGUAUGAGCAGCUUUGGUUACGAGUUGUUGAUAAAAAUAAGGUAAUAUUUAUUGUGGGUGUUGUCUAUAGGCCUCCCAAUACCAAUGUUUUAAAUUUUAUCGCGGAGUUUGAGGAUGCGAUGUGCAAUAUUCUACCGAUUCAUAGGAAUAUUUAUGUGCUGGGCGAUUUUAACAUUGAUUAUUUGAAAUCUGAAGAAGUUUGUGUCGUUCGUUAUAAAUCAAUGUUGGAUGCGCUCGGAUUACAACAAAUAAUUAAAGAUUCAACUCGGGUAACAGCACUUUCGUCCUCCCUAAUUGAUCAUAUUCUUGUGUCCGAUCCGCAGACUGUUUUGUUCUCUGCGGUUACACUUUCUCAUUUAGCUUCUGACCAUAACUUCAUAACAUGCUCCAUAACUACUGUAUGUGACCGUCCAAUUAUGUCAAGACUCACUUAUAGGGACUACUAUAAUUUUCAUGAAGUAUCUCAAUAUUUUGAUUUAACACUGUCUCAACUCAACUGGCAUGAAAUAUAUAUGUUACCUAGUGUAAAUGAUAAGCUUGGAAAACUGCACUUGUGA